AUGCCAAAUAAUACGAAUUCAUCAAUUCAAACAUUACCAGUAGAAAUAUUACAUCGUAUUUUUGAUAGUCUUGAUGCUCAAACUAUUUUAUUUUCGAUUCGACCAGUAUGUCGAUUAUUUCGAGCAAUGGUCAAUACUUAUGAUCGAUAUUUUCUGGACUUUAAAUCAAUAUCAAAGUCAAAUUUUCAUUUAUUGUGUCAUUUAAUUAAUCCCCAAAAUGUUAUAUCAUUAAGACUUUGUAAUGAUGACCAUACUCCAAAUCAAAUUGGUUUAUUUAUUUCAUUGAUUCGACUUCGACAAUUUUCUCGACUUCAUUCAAUAAUUUUUCUUGGUAUUGAAGAAUUUCAAUUGAAUAUGAUUUUAAAACGUAUCAAUUUAAAGUGUUUGACUUCACUUUCAUUACAUAUUCAAGAAUAUGAUAAUCGACGAAAAAAAACAACAUUAAAUUUUCUUACGUCAAUUUUAGCACAGUCUAAUCUUCGAAAAGUCGAACUAAAUAUAAAAAAUGAUCGAAUAUCUAAUAUAUCCUGGCCUGUCAAUUCUAGAAUCGAUUAUUUUAUUAUACAUUCAGAUGUUAGUUUCCACAAUAUAUUAACUAUUUUUUCAUGUUCUCCUCAACUUCAUACACUCGUUCUAAAACAAAAUUUACCAACAUUAAUGGGGAAUAUGAAGCAGACAUGUUCUUUUUCACAAUUAACUUCAUUGACUAUAGAAAACCUACAUGUUACUAUGGAUCAACUUGAAUCAUUUCUUUUGUUAAUGCCAUCACUUAUUGAUCUAAAAUUAAUUGGUAAAGAAUGUGUAUUUGAUGGUAAACGAUGGGAACAAUUUAUUCACAUAAAUCUUCCUAAUUUGAAUAAUUUCGAAUUUUUCAUUGAUAUUUCAAAAUCAAUUAAUCAAACUCAAGAAGAUCUUCAAUUAAUAAUUGAAUCAUUUCGAAGUCCAUUUUGGAUUGAAUAUAAAAAAUGGUAUGUAGCCUGUCAAUUUAAUUCUACUAAUCAAUAUAAAAUUCAAAUUUAUUCAUUACCAAUUUGUAAAUCUGUUCUUCAAUAUGAAUUAAAUUCAAAAUAUUUUUGUCUGUCUAAUUCGACAACGCUCUUGAACAAUAAACUAUUAACAACGAAAAAUAUUAAUGAAUUGUUUUUAUUGAAACUAUCAACAUAUGGAAAUAUGAAAGAAGAAGAAUUAACAAGAAUGAAUGAUAUAUUUCCUAAUGUAACUAAACUUAAUGUAGAUAUUUGUAGACGAUCUACAGUGACUUCAUUAGAAUUUCUUACUACCAUGAUCGAUAUUUCAAAAUUGGUUGAAGUCAAAUUAGAAAGUUUUUAUUUCAAUAAAUUUAAUCAAAAUCUUUUGUUUGACAUUAUCACUAUUCUUGAACAAGCGUAUUCUCUUUCAUCUUUGAUAAUACAUAGUCGCUAUAGUAAAUAUGAAUUUUUUCCAUUUCUUAACCGUAUAUGUUCAAUAAUACCACGCCAAAUCAAACAUUUACAAAUACCGAUUAAUCAAUUAGAUCUAAUCGAAGUUAUUUUAGAACGAUGUCAAAAUCUUUCAGUUAUACAGUUCGAAAUAUCACGUUUGAAAUUUUCUCAAGAAGUCAUCGAUUGGUUUAAUCAAAAUACUGUUGAUUCAACGAUUCGAAGACGUGCCGGAUGUGAUCUUAUAUGGAUUGGAAACAAAAUAAAUCACAUCGAAAAUAAUCAUAAACGAAUUAAAUUGAAUGAAAAUCAAUUCAACUCUUAA